CUGAAUUUUACAUUACUGGUUCCAAAAAAAGUUAUUAGUUUCUAAAAUUGUUGGAUUGUUACGGUGCGAGAACCGUUUGUAAGUUUACAACUUUGAGAACAGUUGUUGCCAAGGACCGUCUAUCCACAUUUAGUACUAAAUUGCACUACAUUUGGUUGUUUAAAAUGGAUGUCGAAAAAUCUAGCAGCAGCUCCUUUGAAGAUCUAACCAAUGCCGAUGACACCAAGGAUAUCCGUGCAGCCCAAGCGGCAAUUAGCGACUUUGAAACAUCUGAAGCCGAUGUUCCAUCUGCAAAUAUUGACAGUCACGCUGAGGGCGCAACACAGGAGGACGAGUCGGACGACGAUAUCGAAUGCGAUAUUUUGGGUAACAAGCAGCUUAUAAAACGCAUCAUCAAAAAGGCACCAGCCAACGCGAAGCGUCCCAGUCGCGGUGAUCUAGUGACCAUUACCUAUACCGGAAAACUGGAGGAUGGCACCGUUGUCGAGAAGGAGGAGCGCUUCCAAUGCCAUGUUGGUGAUUUCGAGGUGGUCCAAGGGAUUGACAUGGUACUACCAAUGAUGCAUGUGGGCGAAGUUUCGCAGGUCAACGUCGAUCAACGCUUUGGCUACGGCACCAUUGGCCUGAAAACCGAGAACCCACCUGAAAUAAUUGUACCACCAAAUGCUAAUCUGGUUUACCAAGUAGAGCUAGUGGAUGUUAAGUUUGAAGACUUCUCAGACCUCAAGUCGUUUGAUGUUCUACGUAAAUAUGGCGCCAGAAAAAAAGAGCGCGCCAAUUAUUAUUAUAAGCGUGUAGAGUACAAUAAUGCCAUCCAUCUGUACAGGCGUGCACUUGACUAUUUGGAUAGUCGUGAUGGGGAUCCAGAUGCAGAGUUCGGCAAAGAAGAUCUAGAGCUGUCUAACAGUGACCUGCAGAGCCUCUUGGAGGAUCGACUGAUUGUUUAUAACAAUUUGGCAAUGGCUCAAAUUAAGGUCGGAGCAUAUGAUGCCGCAUUACAGUCCGUGGAGAAUGUAUUGCGUUGUCAGCCAAAUAAUCCAAAGGCUUUAUACCGCAAGGGCAGAGUGCUCGAGGGCAAGAAUGAUACGCAGGGGGCCAUUAAGCUGUUGCAGAAAGUGGCUACGUUGGAACCAGACAACCGAUCUGUACAAUCAGAUCUGGCCCGACUGUUUAUCAAAGCACGUCGCGACGAACACAACGAAAAGGAAAUGUAUCAGAAGAUGUUGGGCCAGGCUAAGAAAAUGGAACAGAAAAGUAAUAUUAGACAGAAGACGCCCUUGGUAGAUAACUCAAAAUUAAAGCUACUUGGCUUUUUGAUGGGUACCAUACUAAUUGGCGUCGCCGGAGUGGCCAUCUAUCGCUACAAGUACUAAGAGAGGGGUAUAAAUGCUGUUAUUUCAACCAUAGAGUAAUUUAAGCAAUUGAAAUGCAUUUUAAAAAUGGUAUAUAUUUAUUUAUAAAGCAAAAUUAUAAAUGUUGGAAACUAUUUGCUCACUUGUAAAGAUAUCCCUUUUGUUAUACAUAAA